AUGACCGACAUCGCUACGAGGGAACUCCGCCAACCGGUCGAUGUCGCCGAAUAUCUCUUUCGCCGGCUACAUGAAGUCGGAGUUCGGUCGGUGCACGGUGUCCCUGGGGACUACAACCUCACGGCUCUCGAUUACUUGUCAAAGUGUGGACUUCACUGGGUUGGAAACUGCAAUGAACUUAAUGCGGGUUACGCCGCGGAUGGCUAUGCUCGAGUAAAUGGGAUCGCGGCUCUGGUCACUACAUUCGGUGUUGGCGAGCUCUCUGCUAUCAACGCCAUUGCAGGCGCCUACUCGGAAUUUGUUCCCAUCGUCCACAUUGUUGGCCAGCCUGAUACGAGGUCCCAGAAAGAUGGAAUGUUGUUGCACCACACUCUGGGUAACGGAGACUACAAUGUAUUUACGGCGAUGAGCAAAGGGAUAUCUACGGCUAUGGCGCGUCUAAAUGAUACGCACGACGCUGCCACGCUAAUUGACAAUGCCAUUCGUGAAUGUUGGGUUCGCAGCCGGCCCGUUUAUGUCACGCUCCCCACAGACAUGAUCACGAAGAAACUUGAAGGGGAAAGACUUAAGACCCCAAUUGACCUUUCGCUUCCCGCCAACGACCCCGAGAAGGAAGAUUACGUGGUUGACGUUGUGCUCAAAUAUCUACAUGCAGCGAAGAACCCCGUCAUUCUGGUCGACGCCUGCGCCAUUCGCCAUCGGGUGCUCGAGGAAGUACACGAUUUAGUCGAAGCAUCCGGGCUACCCACGUUUGUGGCCCCAAUGGGCAAGGGCGCCGUCAAUGAAACGCAUAAAUGCUAUGGUGGUGUUUACGCUGGGACCGGUUCUAACCCAGGUGUUCGUGAGCAAGUCGAAUCUUCAGAUCUCAUCCUCAGUAUUGGUGCCAUAAAAUCCGACUUUAACACAGCCGGAUUCUCGUAUCGCACUGGACAGUUGAACACCAUUGAUUUUCACAGCACCUAUGUGCGAGUGAGAUACUCGGAAUAUCCAGAAAUCAACAUGAAAGGGGUUCUACGAAAAGUUAUUAAGGGACUGGGCUCCAUCAAGGCCAACCCGGUGCGAUCUAUAUCAAACACGCUUCCAGAGAGCGAAAAAGGUUCGAGCGAGCAGACAAUCACCCAUGCAUGGUUAUGGCCCAUGGUGGGACAGUGGCUGCAAGAAAACGAUAUUGUGAUUACUGAAACUGGAACUGCAAACUUCGGUAUCUGGGAUACUCGCUUCCCGUCCGGAGUUACCGCCAUCAGUCAGGUUCUCUGGGGCAGUAUCGGAUACUCAGUUGGCGCGUGCCAAGGCGCUGCUUUGGCCGCGAAGGAACAAGGAAAUCGCCGGACAGUGCUGUGGGUGGGUGAUGGUAGCCUACAACUCACUUUGCAGGAGGUCAGCACCAUGAUAAGGAAUAACCUUAACCCAAUCAUUUUUGUCAUCUGCAACGAAGGAUACACCAUCGAGCGGUUUAUCCACGGUUGGGAUGAAAGUUACAAUGACAUUCAGACCUGGGACAUCAAGGGCUUGCCGGUUGCAUUUGGCGCGAAGGAUAAAUAUAAGGGCUACAAGGUGACGACUAGAGACGAACUCAAGAAGCUAUUUGCCGAUCAGCAGUUCAACUCGGCUCCGUUUUUGCAGUUGGUUGAGGUCCAUAUGCCUCGUGAAGAUGCCCCUGCUUCGCUCCGGAUAACAGCUGAGGCGGCGUCGUCUAGGAAUAAAUAG